CCUCAUCUCUCCUCCUCCCCUCUCUCUCUCUCUCUCUCAUAACUUUUGAGAGGAAAAUUAAAGAAAGAAAACAGAAACAAAGAAAGAAGAGGAAAAUCCCAACAAAUUCUCUCUCCUCUUUCCUCAUUUCUAUCCUCUUCCUUCAUAAAUUAUUUGAUUCUAGUUCUAAUUCCAAUCGGAAACCAGAUAAAUCCAAGGCCCAAAGCUGAAACAGAGGGAGAUAAGAGAGAGUAACUGACAUAUUUUGUUGGCAGAUCAAUGAUCUCAGUAAUGGACUUUGAUGCAAGCUGUGAUUUGAUCUCUCCAUUUGUUCAUCUCGAUCUGACCCGAUCCAUCCUCUGAUUGUAAUUAUUGUAAUUGUAACAAAUUGGUUUCCACGAUAGUUCUUACUGGGAUUCAACUGAAGGAAGUGAAGUGAAUUUCAAUCUCCCAUCUGAUCAGACUUGGGGCACUGCUCGAGCUUAAUUGCAGUGCCCAAAUGGAUGCCUCUACGAGCGGAGCCACUCCUUCAAUUCACUACAUUAUAGACCAGUCCCUCUCUCUCGUCACUCCAUUGCAGCAAAGCUUGCAACGAAUCCAACGUCAUUGCUUUGGUGAUGCUCAUCCCGGGGAAUUCCCCCUUGCAACCAAUCCUUCCAUUGUUCUCCAUGUCCUGACUGCUUGUGAUUUGGAACCACAGGAUCUCGCGAGCCUCGAGGCAACAUGUACAUUCUUCAGGCAACCUGCCAACUUUCCCCCCGACUUUGAGCUUUCCAUUGCGGAGCUUGCUGCAUUGGAUAUGUGCCAGAAAAGAGCCAUUUUUAAGCCAAUGACAGAAGAAGAAAAGCUUAGCCUUAAGCAAAGGUGUGGCGGUUCUUGGAAGCUGGUGCUUAGGUACCUGCUGGCAGGUGAAGCGUGCUGCCGCAGGGAAAAGUCGCAGGCUAUUGCUGGGCCCGGGCACAGCAUUGCGGUCACCUCGAGUGGAGCAGUCUAUACAUUUGGCUCCAAUAGCUCGGGCCAGCUUGGCCAUGGAAACUUAGAAGAGGAGUGGAGACCGCGCCAUAUCAAAUCAUUGCAAGGCAUCCGGAUCAUACAAGCUGCUGCAGGGGCAGGACGAACCAUGUUGAUAAGUGAUGCUGGACGUGUUUAUGCAUUUGGUAAGGACUCAUUCGGGGAAGCCGAAUACGGAGCUCAAGGGGCAAAGCUCGUGACAACUCCCCAGCUUGUGGAGUCCUUGAAGGGCAUUUAUGUUGUUCAAGCAGCAAUUGGGAAUUUCUUCACAGCUGUUCUAUCUAGAGAAGGUAGAGUUUAUACAUUUUCAUGGGGGAAUGAUGCGAAACUAGGACAUCAGACUGAAUCAACUGAUUUGGAGCCUCAUCCUCUUUUGGGACCUCUGGAAAAUAUACCAGUUGUUCAGAUUGCUGCUGGCUACUGCUAUCUUCUGGCAUUAGCAUGUCAACCUAGUGGAAUGUCUGUGUACUCUGUUGGGUGUGGACUAGGAGGAAAGCUCGGCCAUGGUUCUAGGACUGAUGAAAGGCAUCCUAGGUUGAUUGAAAAGUUUCAGACCUUAAAUUUACAACCUAUGGUAGUGGCUGCUGGUGCUUGGCAUGCUGCUGUUGUUGGUCGAGAUGGGCGGGUGUGCACUUGGGGAUGGGGCCGUUAUGGCUGUUUGGGUCAUGGGAAUGAGGAAUGUGAGUCCAUGCCCAAGGUGGUCGAUUCCUUGAGCAAAGUCAAGGCUGUCCAUGUUGCCACUGGUGAUUAUACCACUUUCGUUGUAUCAGCUGAAGGAGAUGUCUACUCAUUUGGAUGCGGAGAAUCUUCUAGUCUUGGGCAUUCUACUGCUGUGGAGGGUCAGCCCAACAGGCAUACAAAUGUACUCAGUCCAGAGCUGGUGACAUCAUUGAAGAACAUUGAUGAGAGGGUGGUUCAGAUUAGCCUCACCAACUCCAUAUACUGGAAUGCACAUACCUUUGCUUUAACACAUUCAGGUAAACUAUAUGCAUUCGGGGCCGGAGACAAAGGACAGCUUGGCAUAGAACUUGUCGGUCAGCAAAGCGAAAGAGGAAAUCCAGAACGGGUCGAUAUUGAUUUAAGUUAACUCGAAAGAGGAAAUACAGAACGGGUCGGUAUUGAUCUAAGUUAACUCUCGGUUCGUUCUCCAUGUCUUACACCUCCCACAAGUACCCACAUUGUUCAUAAGUCCAUUCCAAAAAGAGAAAAGGGGGGGAAACCAAUCUCUUGUUCAUUUGUAAAUAUGUUUUCAUCGUGUCUAGUGCAUACUCAUAAAAGGGUAGAAGCUGGGAUUGAACAAAGUACUCCAUCCCUUGAACCAUUUAACAUUUUAUUUCGUGUUGUUGGUAGGUUCCAUAUUUAUUGUGUGCUUCAGAUUUAAUUUGUGGAAUAUUAGCUUUAUCCCUAAAUUGUCACUGGUGGCCUAACAAACAUAAUAGCUCA